GUAACUAUGCAUUGACCAAGUCCUGUCUGAUAUCAUAUGAGAGAGUAGACUAGAGACUGCUUGGUAUAGCUACACACAUUCUUCAUUCAUCUCUUCCCUCUCUCUUCAUCUUCUUCUGCGGCUGCUGCUGCAGAGAUGGAAGAUGAUCAUUUUCCUCAGAUCAAAGGUGUUGUUAUAAUCUCCCUUCCACCCCCAGAUAACCCUUCUUUGGGCAAAACCAUCACUGCUUUUACUUUCUCUGACCCUUCUUCUCUUCAACCCUCAAUUCUUCAACAACCAGGCCAAAACCAAACAAACCUCAAUGAUCACAACAACACUGAUCCUUCCCUUCACUCCAACCCGUCUAAUACUCAGCUUAGUUUUUCACUCAGAGGACUCUUCCACUCCACCCCAGUGAAGCUUUUCUCCUUCUUUGGUGUUCUUCUCUUUGCUCUCUUUCUCUAUGGUUCUGUUUCUUCAACCACCACUUUGGAACUGAGUGGCCCCAAGAAUGAUAGUGAUGAUGAUGGCAAACCCGGAUCAUAUUUGUUCCCUCUGUAUCCUAAAUUUGGUGCUUUGGGGCAGAAGAACAUGAAGCUCCAACUGGGGAAGCUUGUUCAUAAAGAAAAGAUUUUGACACAAACAAAAAAUAGGGUUGGUUCCGAGGUUGUGGCCGUUGACUCUUCUUCGGUUUUUCCUGUCAGUGGCAAUGUUUUUCCGGACGGAUUGUAUUUCACUAUUUUACGUGUUGGAAAUCCUCCAAGAAGUUAUUUUCUUGAUGUGGAUACAGGGAGUGACUUAACCUGGAUGCAGUGUGAUGCUCCUUGCAGAAGUUGUGGAAAGGGAGCUCAUGCCCUCUACAAGCCCACAAGAUCCAAUGUAGUAUCAACCAUGGACUCUCUCUGCUUGGAUGUUCAGAAAAAUCAGAAGAAUGGACAUCACGAAAGUUUUCAACAGUGUGACUAUGAAAUUGAAUAUGCAGAUAGGAGUUUUUCCUUGGGAGUUCUUAUUAGAGACGAUCUUCAUCUUGUAUCUAAAAAUGGAUCCAAAAUCAAGCUAAAUUUUGUUUUUGGGUGUGGAUAUGAUCAAGAAGGCUUACUUUUGAACACAUUGGCAAAGACAGAUGGAAUCAUGGGACUGAGCAGGGCAAAAGUGAGCCUACCUAACCAGUUAGCAAGUAAAGGGCUUAUUAAGAAUGUGGUUGGUCAUUGCUUGAGCAAUGAUGAAGUUGGUGGAGGUUACAUGUUUUUGGGUGAUGAUUUCUUGCCAUAUUGGGGUAUGACUUGGGUACCAAUGGCCUAUACCCUUACUACGGAUUUAUACCAAACUGAGAUUUUUGGAAUAAAUUAUGGAAAUCGGCAACUCAGUUUUGAUGGCCAAAGCAAAGUAGGAAAGGUGGUUUUUGACAGUGGCAGUUCUUAUACAUAUUUCCCAAAAGAAGCAUACUUGGAUCUUGUUGCUUCUCUUAAUGAAGUUUCUGGCUUGAAACUCGUUCAAGAUGAUUCAGAUACUACUUUACCCAUUUGCUGGCAAGCAAAUUUCCCAAUCAAAUCUGUCAAAGAUGUCAAGGAUUACUUCAAGACCUUAUCUCUUCGGUUUGGAAACAAGUGGUGGAUUUUGUCCACAAUUUUUCAGAUACCUCCAGAGGGUUACUUGAUCAUUAGUAACAAAGGGAAUGUGUGCUUGGGUAUCCUUGAUGGUAGUGAUGUAAAUGAUGGAUCCUCAAUCAUUCUUGGAGACAUUUCAUUCAGAGGAUACUUAGUUGUGUACGAUAAUGCAAAGCAGAAAAUUGGUUGGAAGCGAGCAGACUGUGACAUGUCAAGCAGAAGAUUGAGAAAGAAAAACAGUUUUAUCCCUGAUACCAUGCUAUAAUUUACUCUGAGGAAAACAAUAUAACUUGUAUUAUUUAGAUCCUUUCAUGCUAAAAUCAUAGAUGGCAUCCACGAAUAAAACAGCCAAUGUAGAGUUACACACAAAAUAUAGGAACUUAGAAGAGUAAUGGAUAUAAUAGGUUAUUUUAUACUCCAAUCUCUAUUUCACUAUGAAAAA